GUGGCUAGCGCGGCGCGUGGCGCGUGUUCCAAUAUCAAGCUCGCAUCAAAUUCAGGAUCUGCCGCUUGAAGCUGAAAACGUUGUGGUGGUAAAAAUUUUCUUCCAAGUAAACCCGCAUAGAGCAUCACAACCAAUUAGGGUUUUUUCAAAUUCUCGUUCAUCUUCGAUUUCAUACAGGAGGUUGUCCUGUUCUAAUGCGUGGUUAGAAUUUCGGAAAUGAGUGAUGCGAAAGAAAAUGAGGAAGUUGGCCAGGCUGUGCCCUCGCCUAUGGAAGAAAACAAACACUUAGUUGAUACCAAUUUUCAAAUUCAACCUAAUGCUUCUUCUACUCCUGCUCCAGUAGAGGAAAGUCCAAAUCACGUCAAAAACAUAUCGAAGGAGCCGCCUGUUGAGUCUAAGGCGGAGGCAUCUGAGCCACCUGCUGAGUCUAAGGCAGAGCCACCUGCUGAGUCUACGGCUGAUCCACCUGCUGAGGUUAUGGCAGAGCUGCAUCCUGUGACAAAGGCAGAACUACCUCCAGAGUUCAAGGCUGAGCAACCUCUUACAGUUGUGUCAGAGCCAUCUGCUCAGGCUAAGUCAGAGUUACCUGCCCAGGCUACGGCAGUACCACCUGCGGAAGCUGAGGCAGAUCCUCCUUCUGAGGAUAAGUCUGAGCAACCUUCUGAGAUUAAAUCUGUGCUACCUGCUGAAGCUAUGUCAGCACUAGAUUCUGCGGACAAGGCUGAGCCACCACUUGAGGACAAAAGUGAGGAUCAAGAGGUGGUUCCUGAGGGUAUUCCACAGCAAGAUAUUCAAAGUAGUGACCCAAUGGAGGAAGCUAAUGAAUUUCCUCAGAGCAAUAAUGGUACAGAGGAUGAUGUGAAUGUUUGUACAAAUAAUGCCGAUGUUGCUGAAACAAUAGCAGAAGUGAAGUCUGAAGAUGGUGAAGUGGCUAAUGGUAAAAGUUGCAACUAUGUUGAACCCAUACCAUCUGCACAUGCUAAACCCAUACCAUCCGGGCAUAAUGAACCUUUUAUGCUGCAAGCUGUUCCAGCCGAUACAAACGUUGAAAUCAAGAAUAUAUUAGAAGUUGAGAAUAAGACUGAUGAAAAUCAAGCUGCUGCAACUGCAGACAGUGGGAAUGAAAACUCAAGUCACAUGCUUUUCUUGGACGCUGACCAUUGUUAUGAUGGGAAUGAGUCAGGGACGGAGGAAGAACAAUCAGCAUUCAUGAAAGAGCUUGAAAAUUUCUUUAGGGAGAGGAGCAUGGAAUUCAAACCUCCCAAGUUUUAUGGAGAAGGACUUAAUUGCCUUAAGUUGUGGAGAGCUGUAACAAGAUUGGGUGGUUAUGACAAGGUAACCUCGUGUAAGCUAUGGCGGCAAGUGGGAGAAUCUUUCAAACCUCCUAAGACAUGUACCACAGUUUCAUGGACUUUCCGUGGGUUUUAUGAGAAGGCACUUCUUGAUUAUGAAAGACAUAAGAUAAAAGGUGGUGAGCUGAGUGUUCCAAUUCCUUCACAACCAGAGCCUAUGAAUAUCGAAAAUCAGACUUCAGCAUCAGGUAGAGCACGUAGAGAUGCUGCAGCACGCGCUAUGCGGGGUUGGCACUCACAACGUCUACUAGGCAAUGGUGAAGUUGGUGACCCCAUUAUUAAGGAUAGGAAUUCUGUGUCUAUGCAAAAACGUGAAAAGGAGCAGCUUAAAAGCAUCAAUUUACUUAAACGCAAGAAACCAUCGUAUAUGGACAAUGCAGUCAAAGCUGCACGUAGUAAACCGUCUAAACCACAAUUGGAUACAGCUGUGAUUGAUAUUGGACCUCCUGCUGAUUGGGUAAAAAUCAAUGUGCAAAAAACUAAGGAUUGCUUUGAGGUAUAUGCUUUAGUUCCUGGUCUACUUCGAGAAGAGGUGCGUGUUCAAUCAGACCCAGCAGGACGCUUAGUUAUUAGUGGUGAGCCUGAGCAUCUCAAUAAUCCUUGGGGUGUAACACCUUUCAAAAAGGUUGUAAGUUUGCCCUCAAGAAUUGAUCCUCAUCAGACAUCAGCGGUGGUAACUCUGCAUGGACAGUUGUUUGUUCGUGUCCCAUUUGAGCAAUCAGAAUAGUGGUUCCUUUACCAUUGAUUUACUUAGAUAGUUGCAGGGAAACCAUUUAGAGCAAUGGCUUCAGGCUCAGCCUCUUCAGACUUACCCCAAUUUGUAGCUUAGCUUAGCAUAUAAUAUUUAUAUUUAUUUAUGUUUGGGAUAUUUAAAAGUCCUUGUUAAUGAUUCUUCUCUAGCAAUUCCAGUUCGACCAUGUUAAUACGAGUUUAGUUAGUUAGGAUUCUCUAAUUGCUGAAGAACAUGUCAUUAUAUUGGCAACUUGGGUGAUGAGAGUAAAUUAAGCUGUUGAUAUUUAAUUUUCACAUUUGGGAUGAGUAUGCUGCAUUUGCUUAGUUGCUUUCCGCACUGAUCAUUUGGCAAUUUUUCUGAAAUGUAAUAGAAAUAAAAUCAUAGAUCAGUAGACCAGUGUGUUUGGUU